AUGGAAAGAAGCUCGCUCGAAGAGGAACCGGUGGUCGCUCCAGUUUCAUUCGCUAUACUACCGGAGACCGAGGAAAGCGAAUCAAUUCUCAUGCACGAUAAACGUAUCAAGGAAGGUACCAGCACAGUACAAGAGACUAUUUACUCCUACGAGCCGAUCGACGCAAACCAUUUAAGAAUUCUGACUAUCUCUCCAGGCCUUGUGGGCCAGAAACUCAACUGCUCGCUCAGUGUUUGGGUAAGGGGCUCUCCGGAAAAAUAUGAUGCUCUUUCAUAUGUCUGGGGUGAGGAACAGCCUUCGGAGAGGCUGCCAAUCGGAUUUGAAGGGGAAUCUUUUCAAUACUUAAUGGUGACCAAAAACUUGCUCAGUAUCCUGAAUAAUCUACGGAGCACGACGUCUCCUCGAAGGAUUUGGAUAGAUGCUCUUUGCAUCAAUCAGGAAGAUUUUGAAGAGAAGAACACGCAAGUUCCCAUGAUGUCUCGGACGUAUGGUGAUGCCGCUUGUGUCCGAAUAUGGCUUGGUCAAGAAGAACAUCAUAGUUCGCGAGCCAUGGCUCUCAUCCAAAAGAUUCCACUAUCAGUGGGCAGAUUUGAAAGAUUUAUUGCGUUGGAGACAAGAUUAGAAGAUUGGUUCGCUUUGUCGAUGGUUAUGCGUAGGCGAUGGUUUACUCGACGGUGGGUAUUACAGGAAAUUGCAAUGGCAAGCGAGGCAACCAUUUACUGCGGCGAUCAGGAAGCUUCGUGGUCGAAUUUUGUUUCGGCCACGCAAUUGUUCCAAAUGUACUCCGAAGAUAUAUCCAAGAAGUUUGAGGGCUGGAACUAUUUUGAUGCCCGAAAUUACAGUGCAAGUCGUCUUAUCGCCGCAACCACAAACUUUGUACGUCGGGAUGAUAAAGGUAGAAUUACACGCAGAUGUAAGACUCUGGAGGAACUCAUCUGUGACUUGACAACUUUCGAGGCUACCAGACCACACGACGUUCUCUAUGCUGUUAUAUCGCUUGCGGAUGAUGGACCACGAUCUUCCUUCCGAACACGAGGCAGUUCCAAUUCUAGUGGUGCAUACAAUCAAGUAAUUUCAACCGCUAAUGGCGUCUUAUCAUCUGAAGAAUUACUGCGCAUUCGAAAACUCAUCAAACCCGUACUAAGGAAGUUAAACACAAUUCGUGCCCGGGAAGAGUUGUUCUCUGUCUCUCACGACGCGUUCAAAGUAUCCUACCAAAAGCCGUUUGCUCACGUGGCAGCAGGAUUCAUGGAGCGAAUAACGACUAACUCUCUGUCGCUAGACAUGAUCUUUCGUCCUUGGGCGCCAGAAAACGAAGAGCUGCCAACAUGGAUACGGACUUUGAAAGAUAUGCCUUGGCGUACCAAAGAGGAGGCCCACCACGAGCAUCUACUUAUGCACGAGGGAUCUACGCUUAUUUGGAGACGUCUCAAUGCGGAUCCGUUAGUCGCUGCUACCCCUGCAAUUCAUACAUUAUACAAAGCAUCUGGAAAACCACCGUCCCGGCCAACCUGGGCGUUUCAUCAGAUUAAUAUCUGUGAGUCUUCUGUGCCCAUACUUUAUGCCCGAGGGUUCGUGUUAGAUGUUAUUUUGCAACAGGAAGAACCUGCUACUUUGGGCAGAGUUCCUGUUUCUUGGUUAAAAUACGGCAAUGAAACGAUUCAGCAUGAUGAGUUUACAUCUGAAUGGAGGAUCCCCGACGACUUCUGGCGCACCAUGAUAGCGAAUAGGGAUCGUUUUGGAAGCAACCCUCCUCCUUUCUACAGUACUGUUUGUGGAAACGUCUUCUAUGAACGGAAAGAGGGGGGUCAUGUCGAUAUAAUCUCAGAGCGAGAAAAGAAACUAGACAUGAUCCAGCAUGAGUUUCUCCAAAGGGUGGAGGCGGUGGUAUUGAACCGCAGACUCACUCGAACUAAACAGCAUGCGUUCCUGUCUCUGGUUCCGCGGAAAACUCAACCUGGAGAUUUGGUCUGCAUCAUAAAUGGAUGUAGCGUUCCAGUUGUUCUCAGCAAAAGAACAAAGUAUGGAGAUAAUCAGGGAUAUUAUUCCCUGGUCGGCGAAAGUUAUGUGCAUGGCAUGAUGGAGGGAGAAGCUUUUGAUCUCAAGAGCAGCAAUCAUGGAGUUCCAUGGGAGACUUUCAGGAUCGUCUGA